CGGUGUUUUUCCAGAGCAGCAGUUCUUUCCCCUUUCUUCUUCCUCGUCCUGCGGCUCUCCUUUCUCCCAACCUAAUCCGCGACGCUCCUCGGAUAAAUGCUCUACUCUCUUUCGCUAAUUUCUCUAAUCGCUCUUCGAACGAGAGAAAUCGUCGUUUUUGGUUGAUCUUCUCCCGAUAAUCUAACUGUAACUGUGAUCUUGAGCCCUCGUUGAGAGGAAGAAAGCGGCCAUGGGAUUCUUGGUUACAUCCCUAAUCUUUCUCAUUGCCGGCGUCGUCGCCUCCCUCUCCGUCAGGAUCUGCCUCAACCGAGGUCCCUCCACCAAUCUGUUGCACUUGACAUUGAUACUUACUGCUACAACAUGCUGUUGGAUGAUGUGGGCGAUUGUAUACGUUGCACAGAUGAAACCGUUGAUUGUUCCCAUUCUCAGUGAAUAAAACUAUUGUUUUGUUUUGCUGUUUCUCGGACUGAAUAAUUUGCUUUCUUGAGAAGAGUUGGAAUGGAAUCUUGGUGACAUGAACAACUCCAUCAUCAUCCCAAGUUGUUGUCAGCUUUGUAAAUUCUUUGCAGUCUUUUAUUUAAUCGUUGUUGAGUGUUACAUGAGAUGUUUCAUCCUCUUUGCACAACUUUUAUUUAUCAUCAAUUGUUACAUGAUACUUCAUCAUUGUUUUGCUUUAUUGAGAGAAAAUA